AUAAAAAAAAACACUAGAAGAUUCUUCUGCAUAAAAACACCGGCCAAGGCGUUUGCACCUCUUCUGUAUCUUAAAAACUCAGAUGGGUGUUCCUCAAACUCCAAAUCCUCCACACCUUUCUCCGGCACUUCAACUUAAACUUUACCAAGCUUUCAUAUUUUCAAUUCCUAUCCUAUUUUCCAUUAUUCUACUUCUCCUGUUUUACUUGUUCUACCUCAAGAGGAGAGCUUCUACUCUCUCAUAUCCCCCACCUAUGCUUUCAAGAAGUCCUAUUCCAGCAAGUGCAUAUUUUAUCUCACCAUCUCAAGUGGGUUUGAAGGGGGAGAUCAAGGACAAGCUUCCAACAAUCUUGUUUGAUGAGGAAUUAAGGACAAAGGAAUCACAAUGUUGUGUCUGCUUGGGAGAAUUCGAGAUCAAAGAAGAAUUGCUUCAAAUCCCAUCGUGCAAACAUGUGUUUCAUGUUGAAUGCAUUCGUCACUGGCUGCACUCAAAUUUAACUUGUCCACUUUGUAGAUGCUUGGUCACCCCAACCAAACUUGACAAUCCAGCUGCUCCACCUAGUAUAUCCGAGCCCCUCCAGCAAGAUAGCACUACUUCCAACCAGCACACACAGAAUGAAUCAUCAGAACAGCAGCAGCAACAACAACAAGCAGACAGAGCAAGCUCAAAUCUUAUUAGCAUUCCAAUAGAACAUACAACAAUAGCUAUUGAAGGAUCGUCGAGUGAGAAUACACGAAUAAGGGAAUCUGGCAGAUUACCUGAUUUGUCCAAUUGCAGGGAGAAUGAGAUGGAUCAUAGUCCAGAAUCAGUAGUUCUCCAUAUCCGAAUGCAAUAAAUUUAUGAAGCCUUCUUUUCAAGUUGGAAUAAAGUGAUUGACUAUACACCAGUUCUGAAGGCAUGCAGACAGGUCCAUGCCUCUUAGAACAUUCACAUUUUUUUUUUUUUGCUGUGUUAUUGCUGCUAUUCCAACUUUAUGAAGGCGGCUAUAGUUAGUGUUAGUGAAUCAGAGGGAAGAUCAGUAUAAGUUUUGGAAAGUCUCAUUUGAGGUGUGUGUAGUAAUUUGCUAUUUGUCUUGAAAG